CGAAGAAGAACUGAUGUCAAAAUGUCACCUGCUUCAGCAAAAUCUGGUUGGUCAUAGAACUGGACGGAGCCUCCUCUUUCCCCUCCCUUCCAAAAGAUUUUCUGCUGAAUGCAAGAAGAGGGUACAGACUCUCUCUGCCUAGUCAAAGGAGAGACAUUCAAACCAUGGAUUCUCCUAAUACACAGAGAAAAAAAGUAUCUAUUGUUGGGGGAGGAUUGGUGGGUUCUCUAAGUGCUUCUUUCUUUGCAAGAAGGGGAUUCCAAGUAGAAAUGUAUGAAGCAAGAUCAGAUAUCCGUAGUUCAAGUGUAACUCGUGGCAGGAGCAUUAACUUGGCCUUGUCUCACAGGGGACGGGAAGCUCUCAAGGCAGUUGGAGUGGAAGAUCAGAUUGUGUCUAAAGGCAUCCCCAUGAAGGGAAGGAGAAUUCACACUCACUCAGGGAAAAUGUAUACAAUUUUUUAUGGAACAAAAAGCCAGUAUAUUCUCUCUAUAGAUAGAGCAAAUUUGAAUAAGGAGUUAUUAACUGCUGCUGAGAAGUAUCCCAAUGUUAAAUUAAACUUUGAGCACAAACUGCUUCACUGCAAUGUAGACUCAGGGCUACUGACCUUUUCAGGAUCAGACCAAAUGACUAAAGAGGUCACCUGUGACUUAAUUGUGGGCUGUGAUGGAGCUUUUUCCACAGUUAGGAAGCAAUUUAUGAGACAAACACGGUUUGAUUACAGUCAAGUGUAUAUUCCACAUGGAUACCUGGAACUGAAAAUUCCUCCAAAAAAUGGAGAUUUUGCAAUGGAGGCAAACUAUCUUCACAUUUGGCCUAGGAACACAUUCAUGAUGAUUGCACUGCCAAACCUGGAUAAAUCAUUCACCUGUACGCUCUUCAUGCCCUUUGAUGAUUUUGAAAAGCUUGCCACAGGAGAGCAAGUGCUGAAUUUCUUCAAAACUUAUUUUCCAGACUCAGUUCCUCUAAUAGGAGAGUGCGAACUGAUGCAAGAUUACUUUGUGCUACCAGCUCAGGCGAUGGUGUCGGUGAAAUGCUCAUCAUAUCACAUUGGCUCUCAAUGCAUGCUAAUGGGAGAUGCUGCACACGCUGUUGUACCCUUUUAUGGCCAAGGCAUGAAUGCUGGAUUUGAAGACUGUCUAGUCUUUGAUGAGCUGAUGGACCAGUUUCACAAUGACCUCUGUGUUUGCCUUCCAAUGUUCUCAAAGCUAAGGGUACCUGACGAUCAUGCAAUUUCAGAUUUAGCCAUGUAUAAUUAUAUAGAGAUGCGGGAACGUGUGAAUUCAAGGUGGUUCAUUUUCCGAAAGCAUAUAGACAAUUGGCUUCAUGUACUCCUGCCUUCUAUCAUCAUUCCUCUGUAUACUAUGGUGACAUUCUCCAGAAUCCGAUACCAUGAAGCUGUGCAAAGAUGGAAAUGGCAGAAUAAGGUGAUCAAUAGAGGCCUCUUCCUCACCAUGGUAGCAGCAGCAGUGAGUGGCAUCUAUCUGUUCAGAAAUGGAAAGUUACCCAAAAUUGACUUUCAUAUAGAGGAUUUGUGGAGACAUACUUAAAAAUGGUGGAAAAUUUUCAGAAAUCAUUUGAGAUAGAAAUGAAUGCUUUCUGAAUAAUUAAUCUCUGUUUUAGAAAUGGGUCCUCCAAUUUAUAUUUGAUGUAUAUUUGAUAUGAUGUAAUGAAUGCUGGAUUCAAGACCUAAAAUCCUGUUCAUAUUGAGAAAUUCACUGCUAUUUUGUUAUCAGUGAACAUGUCAUAAGCCACUUCUAGAUAUGGAUAUGCCUUGUAUUUUAUCAUUGCUUUUCUGUUUGUGUUGCAACUGCAGUGUACAGCCCACAUAACUCAUUGCUGUCCUGUGUUUCAUUUGCAAAAAAUCUGCACUAUCCCAGCUACAUCAACAACACAUUUUGACAGAAGAUGCUGGGGCUUUUCUAAGAUUGUUCCACCACCUCAUCUUCGGUUCCCUCCCAUAAGAUAAUCAUUAUGGCAAUGCUUGGAGUUAUCUAAUUCAAUUGUUUCUGCAUUUUUUUUUUAAAAAAAAUCAUAUAAUGCCAGUAUUCCAUUCUUCUCAAGUUCUAGUAUGGUGAAAAAAAUAAAGUUGUUGGUUG